AUGGGGAUGAAGAAGCUUUUCAAAGUUUUGGUCUUCUUCUUGUUCGGUUACUUGACAUGUUCAAUGGCCAUGGUACCAUAUCGUGGCUGUGACGUCAUCGGAUUAGGAAAGAGCCAGAAGAGAGUAGUGAACAAGGAGGGUUUGUGGUCGGGUCGUAGGUUAGUUUCUGGUCCGAGUCGUAGUGCUUGCGGUCACUAAAUAGUCGGGAAAGUUAGAUUUGCUAAUGUCUAAUUUGUGUUAAUUUAUCUGUCCUUUUUAGAAUUGUGAAUAUUGUCAUGAUUUGUAGUGAAUUACUUAUUGGAAUAUA